AUGCCGCUUUUUGAAAAUAUCAAAGCAAUUCACGAAUACACUCGAGAUCGCCAAAAUGCCCUGCAGGCCAACAAUCAGAAGCUCCUUUGGAGGUUUGCCGACGUCUUUUGGCGGACGUACGACCUUGGAUUCACGGCCUUUGGAGGCCCUCCUGUGCAUUUUCAGAUUUUGCAUAGGCGGUUUGUAGAAGGGCGUGGAGGUUUGGUCCCAUGGAUCGAUGAGCAAACGUAUCAGGAGCUGUUCGCCAUUUGCCAGGCCCUUCCGGGGCCAGGCAGCACCAAAAUGCUGUUUUGUAUGGCGCUAAUUCAUGCUGGUUUCAUACCGGCAGUUUUGGUCUUCCUGACUUGGAGUCUUCCCGGGGCGAUCGCAAUGUACGGCUUGUCGCUUGGAGUGCAACACAUCAACACUGUCCUCCCGGGUGCAGCUUACGCAUUUCUAUCGGGAUUGAAUUCCUCAAUCGUCGGUAUCGUCGCCCUUGCUGCUGUACAGCUCGCAGAUAAAGCCAUCAAGGACAGGUUGUCGAGGAUUCUUGUCAUUUUCGGCGCAUGCGCCGGCCUCUGCUACAAUGCCUUGUGGUACUUUCCCCUUCUCAUUCUUGGUGGAGGCAUCGCGACGGCCAUCUGGGAUACUCGACUCCGACAAGCCCUGGCUCGCUGGAGAAGGAGAUUGAGGGAGCGGAGAUCGCGACCAGAACCUGCAGUGGAGGAAACAGGCAAUGAGAGCAGCCAAAGCAUUGAGUUGACGGCUGUGCAGAGUGAGAGUUCGAAUGCGGUACAAAGAAGAGCUGGAGCGUCAGUUGCGCAGUCGGCGAACGCAGCAUCACCAAAGCUUGGCGAAGCCUCGACAUCUGCGCCUGCCACUGCUCAUGCAGCAGCUCCUUCUACGGAUAUGCGCUCACAUGGGAUCUCGGUGCCCAUGGGACUCAUAAUAAUCGCUGUCUUCUUUGCAUCAUUUAUCGCAAUCAUUGUCACGCGGGGUCUGCUCAAAUCUACUCCCCGCCCGCUGGACCUGUUCGCAAACAUGUAUCUCGCCGGGACAAUCAUUUUCGGCGGGGGUCCCGUCGUGAUCCCCCUGCUCCGAGAAUACGUGGUGCAGCCCGGCUGGGUGUCGUCGAGAGACUUCCUCAUCGGCCUGGCAAUCAUCCAGGCGAUACCCGGUCCAAAUUUCAACUUUGGCGUCUACCUCGGUGCGCUGGCGCUGCUGGGCACGUCUCAACCCACAAUCCUCGGUGCCUUGAUGGGGUACGUCGGCAUCUUCCUGCCGGGCAUCGCGCUGGCCGUGGGAGUCCAGGGCAUUUGGCGAGUUCUCCGCACAAAGCCAGUAGUGGGCAGCCUCCUUCGAGGGGUCAAUGCCACAGCCGUCGGACUGGUGUUUACCGCUGUCUAUCGCCUGUGGGAAAUCGGCUACUUGACACCUCAAACGACGCAGGGGCAGAGUCUGGCUAAGGAGCCUUGGUGGGUCGUGGUUGCCGUCCUGACAUAUUCCGAGUCGGCCUGGUUCAACAUCCCCGCGGCUCCGGCGAUUGUCUUGGGAGGGCUGCUGGGGUUGGCCUGGUAUGGCGCGGUGGGAAAAAGUACUCUUGGUUGA